UGUUUUAAAUAUGCCACACACUGAUACACUUUAAGCUGCCAUUAAUUUUUCCACCUACCCGACCAGCUUUGCUACCUUAGUCAAACUUCAGUCGGAGUAUAAGAUCGGAGCAGCUGAUCUCGCCGUAGAACUCCCCUCCCGUCGCCACCGCCGAUCAAUGAUGCUCUCUACUCUCAAACCCGUCGUGGGUUCUCUUCCUUCCAGCUCCGCACCACACGGUUCCCGUGUAAAUGCGCCGCCGGCUACAAUGCUGAGGGUCAAUCCCAAGAUUUCUACUUCACUUGCUCUCCAGGAAAGAGGCAAGGAAGAGAGGCUGCAGGCACAGGAAACUCGGGCCGCUGUUUCAAGAAGAGAUGUUAUGGGCAUAGCAGCCGCGGGGCUUGGCAUUUCCUUGGCUAAGCCUGCUGAGGCCGUCGAGGUAGCUAGUUCCGGGAACCCAAUCUCACAGUUUCUUGAUCUGCUCAAGGACUUGGUAGGGACACCGAAGCCAAAACCAGAAGUCGAUGAACCAAAAACCGAAAGCAAGCCCGAGUUACCAAAGCCAAAAACCGUAGGGGAUGAAGAGCCGCCAGUUGAUAACAAGGCCGAGCCAUCGGAUCCAAAAACCAAAGGUGAAGUGAAAGCUGAGACCGAAGCAGUUGGCGAAAACUGAGAAUGGCCAUUCCUCGGUUUUUUUCUGUCAUGAAAAAGCUUUAAUAUUUGCCAUCUUUAUUAUGUAUUAUUGUAAUUCAUGGAUGACAUAAUCUUCCAGGAAUCUUUACUGACUUUAAGGUUGAUGAUACAUUAUCCACUUUUUCUUUUUUAUAUAUUUGUGUAGGAGUGAUGAGAGUUAGGAAGAAGGGGGAAAAAGGAAAGGGGGCUUUGAGUUCUGGGCA